AUGGCUGAUUCAAGAGUUCGCAAGAAUGCAUCAGAACCAAUCAAUACAUACUCAUUCAUUCGUGGAAGUUAUGAUUCAACAUUAACCAGAACAGUGAAUGAUAUAUUAAAUGAUUUGAAUAUUAAGGUAAGAGUUGAACAGAAGAACGAAGAAAUAAAGACUAUCAUGAAUGAAAACAAAGAUGUAAACAUUGACGAUAAACUUGCCCAGAGCAUAGUUGAUGGCAUCAGUGAUUUUGAAGUACAUAAUGACGGUGGAAACAUGAAUUUAGAAAAAGAAGUUACAUUAUUCACACUGUUUCAAGCUAUUAAUUCGUUACCUAAUCAUUUAAUUAAUGAAGCAUACGAUAACGUUUAUAACUUCUGCAGUUUAACAGAAAAUGCAAAAAGUAAUUUUGAAAAAGCACGUGAUAGAUAUGCACAUUUAAUGACUUCUCCAUUUGUUUUGGUAAAGAUUCUAAAACUUUAUCAAAAGGAAUAUUAUGAUGAAUAUGUUUUACCUUUAUUACGUAAGCCAAAAAUAACAUUUGAUAUAAAACUUGAUGACUCGUUUUUGAUAACAGAUAUUAGACGUAAAGCUGAAAAUCAUCAGUAUAAAAACAGUUCUGAAGUAAUUGAGGAUUUAUCACGUGUCAUUCGUUUUGUAGAUUGUGGAAACAAAUACUUCAUUCAAAAAGACUAUAAUAUUCAUGAUAAAAUGAAUCAAAUAUCAUUCGUUCUUCAAUCAAACAUGAAAGAGUCACUCAAAAUGAUUAAAUUAUUUAAAGAAGAAGGUAAAACAAUAACAGCAUGGGACGUACUAUUAAAUCAAUUGUCUUCAUUAACCGUUAAGGGUGUUUGCUUUAAAUCUGAUUCCCCAGAUGUUUUCUCAACGUUUCAAGGUUAUAAAUACAACAUUCUCGAAAAAACAGAUUACUCAAAAAUUGAGAUGUUUAUGAAUUUCAUUAAUGAAGCCAUUUGUGAUAAUAACGAUGAAGUGUAUAAAUAUCUACUCGGCUGGAUUGCAUCAAUGAUUCAACAUCCUGGAAUCAAGAAUGAAACAGCAAUUAUUUUGAAAGGACUUCAGGGAACAG